AUGUCGAGUGUCGAGGAACAUUUGGUUGAUAAUGUUUUCGUUUCAGACAUGUUAACUAUAAAAUCGAGUCGUACACUUCAGAUUUGUGAAGCGAAUAUGGCUAGAAAUAAAUCGAAUCCAAAUCUUCUACCUAUUCAUGCAGCUACUUGGCCUUGUGCAUGUGCACGUGACUUACAACUCUACAUCUAUCCAUCCACUACAUUUCAAUACUGGUUCCUUCUAAACAUCCAGCAAGAUAUGCCAGCAAUGGUUCUGGUAGGACAAUGUGGUAAUUCAUACGACAAAGUUAAAUUCGCUUUGGCGUUUAGGCUUUUCGUCGAGAAGAGUAAAAUUUUUCAAGACACCACUGAGAUCGAAUUUCGAGCUGAAGCUCAUUUUAUGGAUGAAAUUGCCACUUACGCGAAAGAGCUGAAAAAUUACCAAGUGGCCGAUGCUGAGGAAUACUAUAUGUUUUAUAUGACUUCUGAACAGAUGUCGAACGCUUUAAAGGAUGCUGAUUAUAUUAUCCCUGAUGAACAAAAAUCAACUGCUCUUUCUGAAGCAUUCAAGAAACGAAUACAGCAUCUUCCAUCAUCAUGUGUGCGUGAAACGUCGACUGGAAAGGUGGUGUCCUAUGAGUUACGCUCGUUCGUUGGAACGAUGGCGGAUCAGUACACCGUGCCAGAAUAUCGUCGAAAAGGGCUUGGACUUGCUGUUGAAAUGACGCUCGCCCAGAAAAUUAUAAGUCUGCAUGAGAUACCAUUCAAGCUGGUACCAUCGUACAUGACUUCAAUUCUUUUCUCGACUCAGGAGUCGCCGUUCUGGACAAUGUGGUCCCGCAACACAUUACCGGUGCGGUAUAUCAUUCAAACAAUCAAGAAAAUUGUUUAG